UUUAACCAGCGCUGAGGUGCAAAACGAUAAGCGGCGGAGAGAGAGAACACACCUUACCCAGUUAAUCAUGUCGGUUGGAACUGUUCUACUGACGGCGCUGCUGGCGUUAGUUGGUUACCUGCUGAUGAAAUGGCGAAGCACGAUGAGGCACUGGCAAGAUUUGGGUAUUCCCUGCGAGGAGCCCCACAUGCUGAUGGGAAGCAUGAAGGGCGUACGCACCGCACGAUCCUUUAACGAGAUCUGGACGAGCUAUUACAAAAAGUUCCGUGGCACUGGACCCUUUGCAGGCUUCUAUUGGUUCCGGCGACCGGCUGUUUUAGUCCUGGAAACAUCGCUGGCGAAACAGAUCUUAAUCAAGGAGUUCAACAAGUUCACGGACCGCGGCUUCUUUCACAAUCCCGAGGAUGAUCCGUUGUCCGGCCAGUUGUUCUUGCUUGAUGGCCAAAAGUGGAAGGCUAUGAGGAACAAGCUCUCCUCCACCUUUACGUCCGGCAAAAUGAAGUAUAUGUUUCCCACUGUGGUAAAGGUGGCCAAUGAAUUCACCGAUGUUUUCGGUCAAAGUGUGACGAAGUCACCUGUUGUCGAAGUGAGGGAGCUUUUGGCGCGAUUCACCACUGAUGUUAUUGGCACCUGUGCCUUCGGCAUCGAGUGCAGCAGCCUGAAGGAUCCGGAUGCAGAGUUCCGCGAGAUGGGUCGACGCUCCCUAACGGAGCAGCGCCUGGGGCCCAUAGGAAUCGGGUUCGUCAAUAGCUUUCCCAAUCUGGCACGUCGCCUCCACAUGAAAAUGACAGCGGAGCCCAUCGAAAGGUUCUUCAUGCGCAUCGUUAGGGAAACGGUGGCCUUCAGAGAGCAAAACAAUAUUCGCCGCAACGAUUUCAUGGAUCAGUUGAUCGAUUUGAAAAACAAGCCACUGGUGGUGUCACAAUCCGGGGAGAGUGUUAACCUAACCAUCGAGGAGAUCGCAGCGCAGGCUUUUGUAUUCUUUGCGGCUGGUUUCGAAACCUCGUCGACCACCAUGGGAUUCGCCCUGUAUGAACUGGCCCAGAAUCAGGAGAUUCAGGACCGGGUGAGGGAGGAGUGCCAGGAGGUUAUUGGAAAGUGCAACGGGGAGUUGAAUUACGAAAGUAUGAAGGAUUUGGUCUAUUUAGACCAGGUUAUAUCGGAAACCCUUCGUUUGUACACCGUUCUUCCGGUCUUGAAUCGCGAGUGCCUGGAGGACUAUGAGGUUCCUGGACAUCCCAAAUACGUAAUCAAAAAGGGAAUGCCCGUUUUGAUCCCCUGUGGAGCAAUGCACCGCGAUGAGAAACUGUAUGCUAAUCCAAACACUUUUAACCCUGACAACUUCUCGCCCGAACGAGUGAAGGAACGCGACUCCGUGGAGUGGCUUCCAUUCGGGGAUGGUCCCAGGAACUGCAUCGGCAUGCGGUUUGGUCAAAUGCAGGCCAGGAUUGGAUUGGCUCUCCUGAUUAAGGACUUUAAGUUCUCAGUUUGCGAGAAGACAACCAUUCCCAUGACAUACAACAAAGAAAUGUUCCUUAUUUCUAGUGAUUCUGGAAUUUUUCUUCAGGCUGAGCGAGUGUGAUGCCUUUUUAAUAAACAGUUUUUAACACAUAUCGAA